AUGUCGCUCCGGCAGUCCACCAUGUCGCUCCCCAGUCAGUCCCGUCGUCGCAAGUCGGUGGAGGAACAGCAGAUGAUGACUCGCGCCUCUUCGUUCACCAAGCGACGCCCCGACAAGCAGCCCCAGCGUCUCCUGUCCACGCAGACAAUGGAACAGAUGCUGCUCGACAAUGUGCACGUGGACUUCAUUAAAGCCGUAGUGGCUGGCAAGAACAUGUUGGCCAGUCCACGCUUCGUCAUGCGCGUUAGCAACGCGGCACUGGACCAAUCGUGGGAAAUGGCGAGGACGUUCAAGGAGUUUUGCGAGCUCAAAGAGGCGAUCAUCGCCGUGCUCGACCACGGCCACUUCUGUCCGUCCAAUUGCCCGUGGCUCUACAUGUACGCUGCUCACCACUUCCCCCGUCGUCGCAUCUUCAGGUCGCGACGUCCGUCGGUCAUUGCAAGUCGUCUGUCUGGAUUACAGACGUACGUCUCGACGCUCUUGCGCAUGGCCAAGCAGAACCGCAACCUCGAGUGCGCUGUGUCGUCGACGAAACUACCGCAGCUCAUUUACAACUUUCUGUUCGAGGGCAUGGUCUUUGGCCAGUCAGACUUUACGCGAUUAAGCGAGCACCGGCUGUCGCUAGCUGGUCGAGAUAGCACCUUUGUCGACAAUGAUUACCCGACACAAGAAGCAGAGGACUGUUUUCUCUGUCGCAAGGCGCUGGUUGCCGAUGACAACGUAUCGAUCGUCCCAGCGUCUCAUCGCAGUGGGUUGAGUGGUGACAAGAAGAGCGGCAGCUAUGCGAUGGCAGGUUUGACGACGCUUUUGUGCGGCCAUUGUUUCCACGACGAAUGCAUUCUCGUGAAACUCAACGAGUCGCUACUGUGUCCGCUCUGCGCCACACAUGCCGGACCACCUCACUCGAGAGCUGGUUGA